AUGUCAAAAGCCGAGUCCUCCAAAGCCGCUGCCAGCAAUGGCGUCAAACCCAACCCCAAUGCGGCCGGCGGUGCAAACUACGAGCUGCCAUGGGUAGAGAAAUACCGUCCCGUCUACCUCGAUGAUGUCGUCGGCAAUACCGAAACCAUUGAGCGCCUCAAGAUCAUCGCAAAAGAUGGCAACAUGCCCCAUAUGAUCAUCUCCGGGAUGCCUGGUAUCGGCAAAACCACGUCCAUCCUCUGUCUCGCACGCCAACUCCUCGGUGAUGCCUACAAAGAGGCUGUCCUCGAACUCAACGCCUCGGACGAACGUGGUAUAGACGUCGUCCGCAACAGGAUAAAGGGAUUUGCGCAGAAGAAAGUCACACUUCCCGCGGGCAGGCAGAAGCUGGUCAUCCUCGAUGAAGCGGACAGCAUGACCAGCGGUGCACAACAAGCUUUGAGGAGGACGAUGGAGAUAUACAGUGCAACAACCCGAUUUGCAUUCGCUUGCAACCAGUCAAACAAGAUCAUCGAGCCGCUGCAAUCGAGAUGCGCCAUCCUCCGAUACGCCCGCCUUACCGAUGCGCAAGUCGUGCGCCGCGUCAUGCAGAUCUGCGAAGCCGAAGACGUGAAAUACUCAGACGACGGAAUUGCGGCACUAGUGUUCUCAGCAGAGGGAGAUAUGCGACAAGCCAUCAACAACCUGCAGUCGACAUUUGCUGGUUUCGGCUUCGUCAAUGGCGACAAUGUCUUCAGGGUGGUCGACAGCCCGCACCCCAUCAAGGUGCAAGCCAUGAUCAAGGCGUGCCAUGAGCAGCGUAUCGACGAUGCUCUGACAUCACUGAAAGAGCUGUGGGAUCUGGGAUACUCGUGUCACGACAUCAUCAGCACAAUGUUCAAAGUUACAAAGACGAUUGACACGCUGAGUGAGCACGCAAAGCUGGAAUUCAUCAAGGAAAUUGGCUUUACCCAUAUGCGCAUCCUUGAAGGCGUACAAACCCUUCUGCAAUUGUCUGGCUGUAUUGCGCGCUUGUGCAAGAUCAACAUGCAGCCCCAGCUGUUCGCACUCCCUACAUCUCCACUCUCAAUCGCUCAGGCCACCAAGGAGAUGAAGCGACCUCCUCCCAUCGACACCUCACAUAACUCGACCAUCGACAUCGCAAAGAUCACCCCACCAGGUCAAACCGACAAGUUCCCCAAGGAGGCUCUAGGUACCUAUACACCCAAAAACGCACCCGUGACAGACGCCAUGAUCGAACGCACAUACCAAAGCAUUCUACGAGGGGACUUCGGCAUCGAUCUCAACACGUUCAAGCCCGACGAGAACGACCCGGAUUACGAUGUACGAAAGCACUUGUCGUUGGUGCAGCUGGCGCUGUUGGCGACGAUGCAGGAUGACCACCAGGAUAGGAUCAUCGAGGCUAUCCGCGAUGAUGCUGAUGGUAGCAUUUUCUGGAAGGGACCUGGUAGUGAGGAUGCUGGGAUUGGAUGGCGGAAAGAUGAUGAGGAGUUCAAGGCUGAGAUCUGUAGGCAGCGGUGA